AUGGAGUUCGAGAUGGACCUCGAGCCCACCGGGCCCCAAGUGACCGUCCGCGAAGCGGAGCCAUAUCGCGUCGACUUUCGGCUAUCAGCUGUCGAUCUUGCAUUCGCAAACUCCCUCCGCCGCACUAUGCUUUCUGAAGUGCCAACCCUCGCUCUCGACCUCAUUGAAAUCGAAAGCAACACUUCCGUCCUGCCUGAUGAAUUCCUCGCCCAUCGUCUUGGCAUGAUUCCCCUGAACUCAUUGAACUGCGAUCACGACCUCGAGUACACAAGAGAUUGCGAUUGCGAAGAUCACUGCGUGCGGUGCAGCGUGACUCUGUCCUUGCACGCCCGUUGUGGCCAAGGAAUGAUGUCCGUAUACGCUAGGGAUCUGGUCAUUGUUGGCGAGCGAAUCAAUCAGAGCAUUGGUGACCCAGUCACCACCGACCCCGAGGGCAAGGGACCACUGAUUUGCAAGCUGCGCAAGGGCCAAGAGAUCAAGAUGACCUGUUUGGCGAAGAAGGGAACCGCCAAGGAACACGCAAAGUGGGCACCUACUGCUGCUGUGGGCUUCGAGUAUGAUCCCAACAACAACCUGCGUCAUGUGGAUUACUGGUACGAGCAGGACGCAGCGAAGGAAUGGCCCGUCUCUGAAAAUGCUGCUUGGGAACCCGCUGCCAACCCAGACCAGCCUUUCGACUACGAUGCUGAGCCAACAACCUUCUACUUCGAUGUUGAGAGCAUUGGCAACCUGGAACCCGACAUGAUUCUCCAGCAAUCUAUCGUCUCCCUGCAGCGCAAGCUGGCCACCACUGUCAGCGAGUUGUCCGGCGAGGGUGAGGGCCGCAUUGGCGAGGAUGCCGAGAUGAUGGGCGCCAAUGACCCCGACGCCUACGAACCUCCUGAGGGUAUCGAUGGUAACAUGACUUCAUACGGAAGUGGUGCUCCUGGCGGCUGGAACAGUGCACAGACACCUUACGGUGCCACGCCUUACGGCCAGACUAGCUACGGGUUCUGA